AUGUGUAAUGAUUUCUCAAAUCUCAUGCAAAGUGAGUUUGAAAUGAGCAUGAUGGGGGAAUUAAGAUAUUUUUUAGGUCUUCAGAUAAAACAGUCAGAAAAUGGUAUUUUUAUUUUUCAAGAAAACUACAUCAAAGAUCUACUGAGAAAAUAUGGAAUGAUGGAUGCAAAAAUAAUAUCCACUCCUAUGCACCCCUCAUCUAGCUUAGAUAAAGAUGAACAAGGAUCAGAUACUUCUGAAAAGGAAUAUCGUGGUAUGAUUGGUUCCUUACUUUAUUUAACUUCUAGUCAUCCUGACAUUGUCUUUUCAGUUGGAUUAUGUGCAAGAUUCCAAAAAAAUCCCAAGGAAUCUCAUUUCUCUGCUGUAAAAUGCAUUUUUAGAUAUCUUGUCGGUACUACUAAUGUUGUUCUUUGGUAUAGAAAAAAUUCAGAUUUUGAUUUAAUAGCGUACUGUGAUGCUGAUUAUGCUGGCGAUAAAGUAGAAAGAAAAAGUAUCAGUGGUGCAUGUCAUAUCCUAGGAGAUGCCCUAACUACAUGGUCAUGCAAAAAGCAAAGUACUAUUGCUUUUUCCACAACAUAA